UCCACUGCCCGGGCACCGCCACCGCUGCGUACGACCUGUCCUCCGGCUUGAUUUGUGCAUGUUUUUUUUAAGCUUGAAAACGCAAACGGUUCGCCAGCAUCGCUGAACAAGCCGAUUCUAGGCUAUUUUUCGUCGAGACUGCGGACUGUGCCUCAAGAUGACGAUACGUAGUGGAUAAAUACAGAAAUACAGAACCGCCAGUGGAACGAGCCCAUUUUCUGUGUCGUACAUCUCCCCCACCAGAUCCUCACCCCGCUAUAAAGUGAAUUAAAACGUCGCGUUUGUCAUAAAUUUUGGCGUGAUGACGGACGACGGGGCGGCCGAAAGGGAAAAACACAUGAAGCAGUUGAAGCGAAGGCUGGAAUGCUUGCGGGAGUUAAUCCUGCCUUUGAAUUCCAUUCUCUUGUGGGAACGCAGCUGGCAUCCUGGACUAAUUGUUGGGUUUAUAACAAUGGUGUUCUGUUCUGUAUGGAUUCUACAACCAUCUCUCUUGACGGCAAUAUCCUUAUGCUUAAUAACAUUUGCUCUUGGUGAUUAUUUUGUUCCGACUUUUACUUCAAUAUUGUGCGACGCACAAAGCUGGACUGGACAGAAGGAGAAGAAAUUAACUGAGAUUUGUCAAAAUCUGUCUACCACUAUAUUACAAUUGCAAAGUGCACGGACAUCUCUCUCAAAAUUUCGGCACGAUCGUCCCAAUAUUUAUUACAGUGUAACGAUUCUCUUUCUCAUUUUGUUCGCCUGGAUCGGUAGCACUAUCGAUAAUUUGCUUCUGCUUUACAUCACAGUGAUGGCGGUUGUUCUCAUGCCAGGAUUGAGACACAAAGGACGAGCGCGCUGGGCUGUGAAAUAUGUAUAUAAUAACUUAAUUCGUCGUCAUUCAUCAUAAUCGUUAUUUUAUAUGUAUCUCAUGCCCACCGAAACUUCUCGUUUUACAUACGUUUAAUCCA